CCGGCGGAAGUGACGUCGGGUCGCUGUUGAGGCCCUGUGGAGGAUCGGCGCGGCCCCUCCUCCCAGAGCGGCCGCCUUUUCCCGCGUGAGCUGCCUCUGCUGCUCGGGCCGCCGCGGGGAAACAUGGCGUCUGCCCUGGAGCAGUUCGUGAACAGUGUCCGACAGCUCUCGGCUCAAGGGCAAAUGACUCAGCUUUGUGAACUGAUCAACAAGAGUGGGGAACUCCUUGCAAAGAACUUAUCCCAUCUGGACACUGUGCUCGGGGCUCUGGAUGUACAAGAGCACUCCUUAGGCGUCCUUGCUGUUUUAUUUGUGAAGUUUUCCAUGCCUAGUGUUCCUGACUUCGAAACGCUGUUCUCACAGGUUCAGCUUUUCAUCAGCACCUGUAAUGGGGAGCAUAUUCGAUACGCAACAGACACUUUUGCUGGGCUUUGCCAUCAGCUGACAAACGCACUUGUGGAAAGGAAACAGCCCCUGCGAGGAAUUGGCAUCCUAAAGCAAGCCAUAGACAAGAUGCAGAUGAAUACAAACCAGCUGACCUCAAUACACGCCGAUCUCUGCCAGCUUUGUUUGCUGGCAAAAUGCUUUAAGCCUGCCCUUCCAUACCUUGAUGUGGACAUGAUGGAUAUCUGUAAAGAGAAUGGAGCCUAUGAUGCAAAGCACUUUUUAUGUUACUAUUAUUAUGGAGGGAUGAUCUACACCGGGCUGAAGAACUUUGAAAGAGCACUGUACUUUUAUGAACAGGCUAUAACUACUCCUGCCAUGGCGGUCAGUCACAUCAUGUUGGAAUCCUAUAAAAAGUAUAUUCUAGUUUCGUUGAUAUUACUUGGAAAAGUACAACAGCUACCGAAGUAUACGUCUCAAAUUGUGGGUAGAUUCAUUAAGCCUCUUAGCAAUGCGUACCACGAGUUAGCACAAGUCUAUUCAACCAAUAAUCCCUCAGAACUCCGCAACCUGGUGAACAAGCACAGCGAGACUUUUACUCGUGACAACAACAUGGGCCUGGUGAAGCAGUGCCUGUCUUCUCUUUAUAAGAAGAAUAUUCAGAGGCUAACCAAGACCUUUUUAACAUUGUCGUUACAAGAUAUGGCAAGUCGUGUGCAGUUAUCUGGACCUCAGGAGGCAGAGAAAUAUGUCCUACACAUGAUAGAGGAUGGUGAAAUUUUUGCAAGUAUUAAUCAGAAGGAUGGUAUGGUCAGUUUCCAUGAUAACCCUGAAAAAUAUAAUAACCCAGCCAUGCUUCAUAACAUCGACCAGGAGAUGCUGAAGUGCAUUGAGCUGGAUGAGCGACUGAAGGCCAUGGACCAGGAGAUCACCGUGAACCCCCAGUUCGUACAAAAGAGCAUGGGAUCACAAGAAGAUGAUUCUGGAAACAAACCAUCUAGUUACUCUUGAAACUAACAUCCAUCCUGAGUUAGAUGAGAGAAAUUUAUCACCUUGGCCAGUGGCACGUGUUAGGAGGGCAGCAGGGAGGACCAAGCCUGUUUGACCUGGACAUUAAGAGAUUACAUUUUGUUUUGACAUCUUCAGUCCUAUGUGCUUUAAGAAAACCAUUCUCUCUGCCACGAAAGGAAAAAAAAAUCCAAACUUCAAAGUCUGUUGUGGAUUUAUUUAUCCUCAGAUUAAUGUUGUUAUUGCAUUAAAUCUACCUUUUUGUUUUAAAUUACUCGAA